CCAAGCUCAACCAGAAGGCAGGAACUGGUUGCGCAGAGCCCCUGUCCGAGCCCCUGGGAGAGUCAGCCUGGGAAACUUCCCAGGUUGCGCCAUCUCUGGUCUUCGGUGAACUCCCGGCUCUUCCCGGAACGGAGCGGCCGACGGAGGCAGGCAUCCGCUGUUCCGCGCAGAGGCAACUUUUGCUUUCAGUUUCUGAUCCUGAAACAAAAGGCCCACCGAGCAAACCAGUCGGGCGAAUAACGGGAGAGCGGCGCCGUUAGAGGGAGACCCUUGAGAGAGCCGCUGCCCACGCCAGUUUCUGCUGCGGGGAAGUAGGACUUCGCCUGGGGCUUACCCAACCCUUGGGUGGCUUGCGGUUGUGAGACGGGCGGGAACGGAUUGCUUUGGACCCCGGAGAUACGGGCUGGGAACUGCCACGCUGUGCUUUGAGACUGGUGCCUGCCUCCCGCGAGGGUUCUAGAUCCGGAAACUGAAGCCAGUUUGAGCACAACAGUUCUUUCAGGCUGUGAGCAAUGGCAUCCGAAAUCCACAUGCCGGCUCCCAUCUGCUUGAUCGAGAACAGGCACAGGAAACUCGUUGUCUGUGAAGAGGCCCUUCAGGUGCUCUCCAAAAUUCGCCAGCCGGUGGUGGUGGUUGCCGUUGUGGGACUCUACCGAACGGGCAAAUCCUACCUCAUGAACAAAUUAGCUGGCAAAAACUCAGGUUUUCCACUGGGUUCUACAGUGCAGUCCAAGACCAAGGGAAUCUGGAUGUGGUGUGUUCCCUACCCUGACAGGCCUGGUCAUACCCUUGUGCUUCUGGAUACUGAAGGAUUAGGUGAUGUGGAAAAGGGUGAUACUCAAAACGAUACCUGGAUCUUUGCUUUGGCUGUGCUCCUCAGCAGUACUCUGGUCUACAACAGUUUCGGUGCCAUUGACCAGCAGGCUAUGGAUCAGCUUCACUAUGUGACAGAGCUCACUGAGAGCAUCAAAGCAAAAUCUUCACAUGGGGACAAUACUGGCAGAUUGGAAGACUCUGCUGAGUUUGUUCGCUUCUUCCCAACUUUUGUCUGGGCCUUGAGGGAUUUCACAUUGCAGCUGGAGAUGAAUGGGCACUCCAUCACGGAGGAUGAGUAUCUGGAAAAUGCCUUGAGACUGCAGAAAGGUGAUUCCUAUGAGAUUCAGCUGUUCAACCUGCCUCGCAAAUGCAUCCGAUUCUUCUUCCCCACCCGCAAAUGCUUCAUCUUUGACCGGCCCACUAAUAGGAAGAACCUGCCUCAUCUGGAGUCAAUGAAGGAGAGCGAGUUGGAGCCCGACUUUGUGGAACAAGCCACCCAGUUCUGCCGUUACAUUUACUGGACAUCCAAGGAAAAGACCAUCCCAGGCGGGCACAUUGUCACUGGCCACUUGCUGGCAAGCCUAGCAAAGACCUAUGUGGACACCAUCCACAGUGGGGAAGUGCCUUGCAUGGAGAAUGCAGUGCUAAGUCUGGCUAAGGUUGAGAACCAGGCUGCUUUAGAUGAUGCUACUGCCCGCUAUGUGGAGCUGAUGGAGCAAAAGGUGAAGCUGCCUACAGAAACAAUACAGGAGCUGCUGGGGGUUCAUGCUGACUGUGAGAAGGAGGCCUUGCAGGUGUUCAUGGCUCGUGCCUUCAAGGAUGAUGAACGAAAAUUUCAGGCUGAACUCAUGAAAACUCUGGACCAGAAGAAGGAGGAGUACUGCCAAAAGAAUGAGCAGGAAUCUUCAAAACUCUGUUGGGCUGCCCUGAUGUCAGUGUCUGGGGAGCUGGAGGACAACAUUAAGAAUGGAAUUUACUCCCAGCCUGGUGGACACAAGCAAUUUGUGGGUGACCUGAAGAAAAUGGAAGAGAGAUACCACCAAAAACCUAAAAAAGGAAUAAUGGCAGAGGCAGUCUUACAGCAGUUCCUUAAGGAGAAGGAGAAUGUCAGCAGAGCCAUACUUCUAAGUGACAAAGCCCUCUCAGAGAAAGAGAAGGAAAUGGCAGAGGCAAAGGCAAAGCAUGAAGCAGCAGAGCGAGACCGAGAGAUCCAGAAGCAGAAGCAGGCUGAGCUGGAACAGAAGCUGGAGGAUCAGAAUCGGAGCUAUGAGAUGAAUCUUCAGCAGCUGAAGGAGAAGAUGGAGAAAGAAAGGGAAGGUCUACUGGAAGAGCAGCAGAAGAUGAUGGAUAGUAAACUCAAGGAGCAAGAGGCUAUGAUGAAGGAGGGAUUCCAGAAGGAAGCCAAUCGAUUGAAUGGGGAGAUUAACCAGCUGAGAAAUCAGAGCCAAAACAUCAAGAAGCCAUCUUGGAUGGCCACUGUGUUAGGUGGCCUGGUAGAUGCUGCCACGUUUGUAUUGCCUAGUGCAGUCAGCAAAGUCGCUGGGUCAAUACUUUCUAACAUCAUCAGGCGCUGGUAACCAAGCGGGAAAAGGGUCUCAUUUGGCACCCUCCCUUUUUCCUGUCCUGGCAGUGAUCACAAUGCAUGUUUGUGUGUUCAACAACACAUGUUUUGAGGCAGGAAACUUGAGUCGAGCAACUUACCAAAACAAACAGGUCCUGUGCACUGGAGAACAGUCUGUAUAAGAGAACAAUAUUGUGCUUUUGGAAUUUGUUACCUGAUGCUAUACAGUCAUUUCACACAUUACACAGAAGCACACCUAUAUCUGGAACUGCACACUCAUCUGGGAGCUGCAUCCAAUUGCAGCUCCUUGAGGAAUGUAUCUCUAUGACACACAGCUUUGCAAAUGUGUUCAUUGCAUUCAUGUGGAAAUUAAUGUUAUGUGCAUACCUAAAAAUGUAAUAUGUGAAGCUGGUCUUGGACUACUUGGGUGUAUUUGCUUGAUACAAUAAAGCAAGAAUAGCCAACAUGAUAUCCUCCAAUUGUUGUUGGACCAACUCCCAUGAGCCUCAGCGAGCAUGGUCAGUGAUCAGAGAUGAUGGGAGUCAUAGUCCAGCAUCAUCUAGAGGGCACCACACUGGUCAUCCCUGUAAUAAAGCCAAAUCAGAGGUGAGAUAUCUCAUCUACCACUAUUACAGGCUUCACCCGAAAAGUAUAAGCGGUCACAGGCUCAACCUUAGGUAGACAGAAAGUAAAAGCAACAGAGUGAAAUAAAGAAGAAAAGAGAAAGAAUGAAGACCAGAAAGAGAGGCUUCUGUUGCUUGGCUGUUGCAGCCUACAUGACCAGGCUGUUGUUUCUCAGAUGUAGCAACCUUGUAUAUUCCACACACCAUAGCUCAAAGUACAUCUCCUUUAGCCAGUAUCUUUCAACACACUUGCUUUUUUUCCUGUACAGUGGGGUUAGUCAAUGUGGUGCCCUCCAGGUAUUGUUGGACUACUCCAAUCACACCUGACCACUGGCCAUACCGGCUGGGGCUGAUAAGAGCUGGAGUUCAAGAUGAGCCCUGUUGGAUCGGACUAAAGGCCCAUCAAGUCCAGCAUCUAGUUCCAGCAGUAGCAACCACAAGCAGAACAUGACCACAGCAGCAUGUUCCUCAUGGGCCCCAAUAAUUGAUUUUUCAGGGGCAUACUGCCUCUGACAGUGGAGGUGCUACAACAGCUGGAGGCCAACACACUGGUUACCACUGAUCUAUAGUGUUUUUCUUCACAACGUUUUCUCAAGCAGUGUUAUUUGCAGCCAGAAUUAGGGUCCUGAGGGCAGUGGUGCUCAUUGCUGCAUUAUGGUGUUGUAGCAUUAUAAUCUGAGCUCAGGAAAUUCUGCUCUCUUAAAAAAAAGUAUACUUUUCAGCACAGUAACACUCUCUUAAUAUAGUUUCUCGGGCAGAGCAGAUGCGGAAGCUCUUACAAACUUGAAAGAAACUUAGGCUGCUCCUGGGCGAAGCGUAAUGGCACUCCUGGCACCUACAAAACAUGGAUCAGUUCCCAUGCAGAUUGCUGCUAAUCCAGAUGGUGGAUUUGGGAACCAGGACCUGCAUGCAUGGCUCAGACACAGUUUGAUCAUAGCACAUAAGCUGCUGUACUGUGUAGUACCUUUUCCUUGAUACGUCUUGGGGAGGGAGAAGUCUAGAAGCUCUACCAAGAAACCAAGCAAGACAGCAGAUAUUUAGUAUGGCUUAGGAGUGCCUGUCUGAUUUUACCUUUUUUAAACCACAACCUAAUAUAUCUAAUAUAUCUGUAUAUCUAUAAUCAUCAGUUACAAACAAAUUAAACCAGAACGGUCGCUAGAAGCUAAAAUGAUGAAACUGAGGUUAUCACACUUUGGACACAUCAUGAGCAGAUAGGAUUCACUAGAAAAGAUAAUAAUGCUGGGAAAAACAAGGGAGGAGAAAAAGAGGAAGACCAAACAAGAGAUGGAUUGAUUCCAUAAAGGAAGCCACAGACCUGAACUUACAAGAUCUGAACAGGGUGGUUUAUAACAGAUGCUCUUGGAAGUCGCUGAUUCAUAGGGUCGCCAUAAGUCGUAGUUGACUUGAAGGCACAUAACAGCAAUCGUCUAUUUCAUUUAGAUGUAUAUUUGGACACAUGCACUGUUUAUAUUAAAAGUAUGUCAGGAUUGAUGGUUUAUUUGUAUUAAUGUGAGCUGAUGCUUUUUUCUUAAUUUGCAAUAAAUUAACCAAGCAAAAAAGCUUUUCAGAAGAAACCCUACUUGCCUGAAUGAGAGGCAAGAAGGUCUUCCAAGAUGGCAUUGAAGAUGCACGUUGUGGGCAAACUUCCUCGAAUGAUCAUUCUUAAGAUGGCACCAUCUUUGUUAAGGGUAACCCCUCUAGGAAACCUGUUAGAUAUGUGCAUUUCUGUUGCCAAUGUAGAACCUGCACGUACCGCUGCUGGAAGAAGAAAAGACUAGUGAGCAAACAAGGAACAGCGAUAUCUGUCAGCAGAGCACAACUAGUGCCUCAUGACACGCAGAGCUUGGAAAAGUUACUUUUUUGAACUACAUCUCCCAUCAGC